AUGCUUGCUAGCACAAACCUCUCAUGCAUUUUCCAUGUCGCUCCUGUACUACGUACGUUUAACACUUUCCUCAACCUUUAUGGCAUGCAGCUUUUGCUUGCAGCAACUGCUGAUGCUUCAUUACCAGCUAAGGACUACUGGAAAUCAGUGUUGCCAAAUGCUCCGUUCCCGAAAGCUCUUGAAGCUCUUCUGCAGCAAGAUGGCAAGUUUACAAUAUAUCACAAGGACAUGAACAUUAAGAAUGAAAAGGAUGACCUGUCCAAAGAACAUUACAUUAUCAGUCUUGAUCACAAGGACAUGGACAUUGGGAAUAUGAAGGAUGAUGCAAAGAAAGACGUAUCUAAAGAACAUUACAUUAUCAGUCUUGUAGAUCACAAGGACAUGGACAUUAUGAGUAAGAAGGAUGAUGCAAAGAAAGACCUCUCUAAAGAACAUUACAUUAUCAGUCUUGAUCACAAGGAGAUGGAUAAUAUUAUGAAUAACAAGGACGACGACCUCUCAAAGGAACAUUACAUUAUCAGUCUUGAUCACAAGGACAAGAGCAUGGAGCAUAGGAAGGAUGACGCAAAGGAUGAUCUCUCCAAGGAACAUUACAUCAUUAGUCUUGCAGAUCACAAGGACAUGAGCAUGAAGAGUAGAAUGGGUGAUGGAAAGGAUGACAUCUCCAAAGAACAUUACAUUAUCAGUCUUGCAGAUCACAAGGAUAUGAGGUUGAACAAUAUUAUAAAUGAUGAGGUAAAGGAUGACCUCUCCAAGGAGCAUUACAUUAUCAGUCUUGAUCACAAGAACAUGGGCAUUAUGAAUAAAAAACUGGAUGAUGUAAAGGAUGACCUCUCCAAGGAGCAUUACAUUAUCAGUCUUGAUCACAAGAACAUGGGCAUUAUGAAUAAAAAACUGGAUGAUGUAAAGGAUGACCUCUCCAAGGAGCAUUACAUUAUCAGUCUUGAUCACAAGGACAUGAGCAUGAAAAGUAGGAAGGAUGACCUCUCCAAGGAACAUUACAUUAUUAGCCUUGAUCACAAAGGCAUGAGCAUGAAGAAUAGGAAGCUUGGUGUAAAAGAUGAUCUUUCCAAAGAACAUUACAUUAUCAGUCUUGAUCAUAAGGACAUGAGCAUAAAGAGUAGAAAGGAUGAGGAUGACCUCUCAAAGGAACAUUACAUUAUCAGUCUUGAUCACAAGGACAUGAGCUUGAAGAAUAUGAAUGAUGAUGUAAAGAAUGAUGACCUCUCCAAAGAGCAUUAUAUUAUCAGUCUUGAUCACAAAGACAUGAGAAUGAAGAACAAGAAGGAUGAUGCAAAGGAUGACCUUUCUAAGGAACAUUACAUUAUUAGUCUUGGUAAGAAACAUACAUCAAACGAGUAA